CCCAUUCGUUUCCGAUACGGUGAUCGAACAGUGUGUGCCAUCGAAGAGUCCCCGUAGCUCGUAGCGUGCCGUUUCCUCGUGCUUCGGGAUCCUCCGCCUCCGCCUCGAGCCAAUUGUACCCAAGUUGUUUCAGUCGUGGUCACGCGCUUAUCGUAAUCCUUGAUAUCGGGCUCGAACGCGCGAUCCGUCCGACGCGAUCCUGCGCUGCCGCCGCUGUCGUCUGUCGUUCCCGUCCCGCGAACGAUCGUGUCGUUGCGGGUACAAUGGCCGAUGUAGAAGGGAAAAAGCUUGCCGAGCUCCGGGUUAUAGACCUCAAGACGGAGCUGGAACGUCGCGGUUUGGAUAAAUCCGGUAACAAAGCGGCGCUUCUCGAACGGCUGUCCAAGGCGAUACUGGAUGAAGGGAAGAAUCCCGAGGAAUAUCUUAUCGUACCGUCUGGUGGGUCGUCUAAAAUCAUUCCAAGAAAGAAUGGCGGAUCUUUAAAUCAAGAAGAUUCUGUUGAGAACACUGAUAAUCAGAAGGAAGAAAAUGGACAGGAUAAUUUAGAUAAAUCUAAGGUGGAGAUAAAGACAGAACUGCACGAUGAAAAAGAAAAUGUUGUUAAGAAAGACGUAAAAGAGGAGCCUGAACCUGAAGUUAAAAAUAUUGUAAAGGAGGAAAAACAGGAAGAUAAAAUGCAAGGAGUCAAGGCUACGAGUGAAAGUGCACAGAGCAGCGACAAGAAGAAUGAGGCAGAGAAGACUGUCUCGCACCAAACAGACGCGCCAUCCACCACUGUUGAAGCUAAUGGUAUUGAUAAUGAGGACUCUAUCAACUUAACUAUUGGAGAAGAUGAGGAGAAUCUCCUAGCUGAGGAGACAGAGUCUCAUGACAGGCACAAAGAUGGUGGAGAGAAGAAGAAAAUGGAAGAGAACAACAAGAAGGGAGACUCUAAAGGCAGCGGUAGAGCGGAACCUGGCGCCGGCGGCAAGGAAGGGACAACGUCCGGUGCGAACGGGACGAAGAUCAAGCAGGAGGGUGGAGAUGGAGGAAGCAAGAGCGUGGAGUCUAGCAAUAAGGGCCAGAAGAGAGAAGAGAAAGAUAAAAAGACAUCUCAGAUCAGCCCAACCAAUGCAAGCAGUCGCAAUUUAUGGGUAUCCGGCUUAUCAUCCAGUACUCGUGCGACCGAUUUAAAGCAGAUCUUCUCAAAGUAUGGUAAGGUCAUAGGUGCAAAAGUGGUGACGAAUGCGAGAACUCCUGGAGCAAGAUGUUAUGGUUAUGUCACGAUGUCUUCGAGCGAAGAUGCUGCGAAAUGUAUACAGCAUUUACAUAGAACCGAGCUUCAUGGACGCGUUAUAUCUGUAGAAAAGGCGAAAGGCGACACGCAGCAAAGUCACGUACGUAAACGUGAUACGGUUAACGGUAAAUCGGAGAAGAAAGAGGAGAAAGAAAAGCCGAAGGAUCAUGAUAUAAAUGAAAGAAAGGAGAAAGAAAUUAAGAAGGAAUCCGAAGAGAAAGGAUCAGAUCCCGCAAAAAAAUCUGAUGACAAAAAUGAAAGUGCCGAACUGAAGAUAAAAAUCGAGAUGCAAGACAAAAAGGAAGACCCACCUAAAGAGUCAGAUUCCCGAUCGACAAAAUCUACUAGCAAGAAGCCGGAGAGCGAGAGAGGAAGGCGAGAAGAAAAACGAAUUCGUACUUGGGACAGAGAUCACCGCUCUCAUAGUCGAUCUCGAAGCCGUGAACGACGCAAGCGCGAUGAUGUUCUCACAUUUGCUAAAAUCAGAGAAGAACGUGAACGGCAAAGAUUGCGCGAAAGGGAACGGAUGCUGAGGGAAGAAGAGCGAAGAAGAAGAGAAGACAUGGAACGUCAACGAGAGAUAGAGCGUAGACACCGAGAAGAGGCUGCGCGCUUGGAGAGAGAACGAGAGAAAUUGAGACGAGAAAGAGAACGAAUCGAGCAGGAAAAAGCCGAUUUACUGCGACUUGAGCGUGAGCGGCAGAAGCUCGAGAGGGAAAAGCUUGAACGCGAGAGAUUGGAACUGAAGAGACAGCAGAUGCGUUUAGAGGAGAGCCGACGCGCGCCACCGCCACCGUCCAUAAAAAGAACGUCCACCGACAGGAGAGAUCCGCGGGAUUUGUACGUGGAACCUGACAGAAAACGAAUAGCUACAGAACAUAGCCGCAGACAUAGCCCGGACAGAAUAGUCGAUAGACGAAACGAGAUGCUGGAACGUGUGCCGGAUAGACGACUGGAUCCUUCGCCACCAUCUCGAUAUGAAUCCAGCAGAUCUACUCAAGAGUUGGGAUUGAAAAAAGAAUUCAAAAGAAGUAGCGAUUUCUCUUCAAGAAAUAGUCGACCAGAUACCUUUUCUGAUGUUUCCCGAGGAAGAGAAGUCAUUGUACGACGAGAAAGUCUAUCCACUGCAUCCUCGUCUAUAGAUCCUCGACAAGUCAAGGAAAGAUACGAUCGUCCAAAUACCACAUCCUAUACUCGCGAACGUGAAGUACGACGUUCCGAUCCCGAGACGCAUCGAAGCUCUAGAGACACUCAUACGCGAUACAGUGAUAGUUUCAAACCUCCGACAUCUAGCACGCCACGUGAAAGUCGUUAUGUGGAAAGCAAUCGUACGCCCAGCGGUUGGCAUUCGGGACCUACAUCCUCAAAAUCUUUCAACUCCGUGACGAGCAGCGGGUCUCGCGAUCCCCGUAACGAGCCUUCCAGCUGGAGUUCUAGAUCGUCCGAUAGUGUUAACAGAUGGAGCAACUCGAGUAGCAUGGGAAAUACAUUGCGGCAUCCGAUCCCGCCGACAUAUCAGAGCGGACCGAUGCAAUCUAUGGGACUGACCGCACCCGGAACAGCACAGUCGUACGAACGGUUCGAGGCGUACAAAUCGUCCAUGCCUAUGAGAAAAUAUUGAUUAUCGGACUGCGCGAAUUUUCGCGAUCACGAACAUUCGUUCAAGUAAACCAGAACACUCGCGGGAUUCUCAAAACUCCUUGGUGACUACAGGAUAUUAGUAGUUUAACGCGACCGAUUACCAAUUGUUCAUUGCGCGAAUUGCAGCGUCCGGUCUUGAAAGUAUAAGAAUUCCUGUAAAAAUACUGUCAAAACCGGUUUUCCGUUUCCGCACCAGCUUGAUCGAUUACAAAAUCGCGUAUAGAUUCUAUCGAUAUCAUGUUUUGCUGCAGUCAAACAAAUUAUUAUCAAUUUUAUAUACAACUCAUAUUGUGCAUACUAAUAUUCACGGAGAGCACUCAUAAUUUGCAAUUAUGCGCGCUCCUUAUUAUCGUUUCUCUUCUAUAUGUGUCCAUUCGGCAUGAUAUUAUUAUUCGCAUCUAAUGGAUUUUGUACAUGUGUUAAUAGAUUCCACUAAAGUGUCCCUAUGAAGUAAAAUGCGAUUUAUUUUCUUAUGUAAAUUACGCAUUAUCCGUUUGUUUUGACGGAUGUCGAUCGGCUCGGACGGCUAUUUGUCAUUCGAAGCGAUCGACUUUAAUGAAAGGGACGUAGAGGCUAUAAGUGCACCUGUUUAUCUUAAACGAGUUUGUUUAAUAGAAUGUAAUAAUGUACGACGAAAGAUGUUAUAUCGUAUAAUUUUCUUGUAUUCUACAGAGAGAGAAGCAUUCUCUCUUUCUUUCCUAUCGGAGCAUGACUGGGAUCCGGGUAUUGGAUUCCGGGAAGAUAGGAGGCAAAUUGUACGUGUUGAGUAACGCGGUAGCUAUGCCUACUUUAUACAGCGAAACGCAGGAACUUGAUGUAGCGGCGACUGUCGCAGUAUCGUAAAUAAAUUUAGGCAAUACUACACGA